GUCCGGCUGCGAGGAAUGUACUCCGGUCCCCAGGAAAACUCUGCUCGAUUUACCUCCUCCGUCCGUCUCCGUCGCCGCUGGAUCAAACCCCCUCUUAUCGCCCUUGAACGACUAGAAGCGGCUGGAAUUGGUUUUGGCGGUUUAACGUCGUAGAACGCGACCUUAGUCCAAAGUAAUUUCACUGGGUCUGGUGGCGAGAGCCUCGUGUUGUUGGAAAUAGCCUGACUGCUACGUUUUCACGCAGUUCGGGACAGACCUUGUUCGGGUUCGGUUCGGUCUGCUCCAUUCUUACGCCACUUUUCGUUUGAACGUUGCGUGACCCACUCGGCACGCGGAUUUUUGUUGCCUACGUGCGUGCGUUUAUCAGAUCGGCAAGCUGUUUGGUCACUGUCAUUCGGCAGGUAUCAGCUUUGGCUGGCCGCCCGCAAUGAAGUACUCGUCCAAGUAUCGUCGAUUAAGUGGAUCGGUAUUUUCAAGUCCGAAGGUUUUGACGGGAGCCGGAAACAACCCGUUUGCUGUCCGGAGCUCACCGGGACGAGUGAGCAACGACAGUAACAGCGGUGACAUACCUAACCAUUCACCCGCGUCCAUCAUAGCACCUAGUAAAUUCGGUGCUUCAGUCUCGUCUCCUUGCAAUUUCUCCAAUUCGGCUCAGGCUGCGACUGGAUUGUGCGUACCAUCUCCAACUAGCCAUCCCUUCAAAGAGUCUCAUGAUGGAGCAGAUUUUAACGGCACGUCGUCAAAACCAUUGCUUCGUCCUUCUCUCAUUGGCUCGGGCUCUUCGUUUGCAUCCACUGGAACGUCGCAAAACCAUAGUAUCCUAAAACCGGCUACACUGGGAAAUCCAUUUUCGCGAGCAGUUGAAUUGGCUGACGAAGAUUCCUCUAUCCCACCAGUACAACAUCCGGUGCCACAGCGGAACUUGGGGACCGAUACAGCUGAAUCAAAACCAACAGUUUUGGUACCUUCACGAUUAAACAGUGUCAGCGCUGAAGGUUCGUCACCCACGGCGCCAGCAGCCGCAAGCGAAGGCAGUGAUGAAGGAUCUGAAUUGGGUGGAACUUCGGUGGCUCCGGAUAUAGCACCUACAGAAUCCGUUGUUCCUUCGGCCAUUCCGCGCCCAUCGCUUACAUCUACCAGUCUAUUCUCUACUACAGUGACCAGUGCCACUUCUGUUGCCACUAACCCAGCCCCACCUACUCCUACCGCUUGCGCCAACUUCGUGUUCGGACAAAAGCUUCACGAAAGAGUAGCGAACCCGAAUCACACUUCAACAGAACCAACAUCCAAUGGCGCAGAACCCACUACUAAUCUGUUUACGGUUAUUCCUAAGGAGAAAAGUGAAUUUGAAGCAGCUUCCACUAAUGGAGUGGCGACCAGCAAAACCCUUUCGGAUUCAGCUCGGGAGUUGGAAGAAGCAAGAGCAGCCAAACGCAAGUACGAUGAAGUAACAGUCGUUACCGGUGAGGAGGACGAACAAAACGCCCUGCAGGUCUAUGGCAAGCUCUUCACUUUCGACAAAGUUCAAGGUACCUGGAUAGAGCGUGGCCGCGGUACGUUGAGGCUGAACGAUAAACAACUCGAUAAUCACGCACUGCAGUCGAGACUUGUAAUGAGGACACAGGGUUGUCUCCGCGUCAUUCUCAACACCAAAAUAUGGGCAGAAAUGACGAUCGAUAAAACGAGCAGCAAAAGUAUUCGAAUGACAGCUGUGGAUGGUGAUCAGAUCCGUGUUUUUCUUCUCAUGGCUAGUCUCAAAGACACGGAAACGCUCUUUAACGCGUUAGAAUGGCGUUUGGCUACUUUGCGAGCUCACCAAUCACGAGCAGCCGCAGCGGCCAGCUCAAUACCUGAUGCGGAUUCGUCACCAGCGUUCUCUGCCGUCCCCCACAACGAAGACGGCACUAGCAGUCCCAAGCGGCGAGCCCUCCCUGUUGAACCGGACGAGCCUGGCGACGAAACGAAAAAGAAGCGUUCCGAAUGACAUAACAACAAAAG